AUGUCAGUGAUGAUUCAAGUCAUCGGGCUCUUCCUCCUCAGCAUGUCCUUGAAUGCGGCGCAGGACACGUGCGAUGCAGGCGGGGGUUUGGUCUACUCCUUUACCUUCUGCCCCAACGCCUUCUGUCUCGCCGGCUCCUACAGCUGCGCGCUGGGAGAGGUCGGCAGUUUCUCCAUGGCAGAGAACUUGACAGGAUGUCUGAGCGACUGCGACAGAGAGGCAGGAUGCAGCCUGGCGACUUGGUGCCCCCUGUGCUCGAGCCCUAGAUGCUUCCUCUUCACGUCCUGCAACGUGUGGGAGAGGAAUCCCGUCGUCCUCGACCCCCUCCUGGGCAUCAACGACAUCUGCGAGGUUGAGAGGGAGACGAGAGGAAAGGAAGGAUGA